UCAGGAGGAAGAGGAAGAACGUAACCUAGAGAGGGUGAACCGGGAGGUGGUCUCCAUCUUAUUUACACCGGUGUGAUUGCUAAAUUUUUAGAUCUGUUGGAUUUUUGAAGGACUAUAAAAGUUGAAAGCCGGGUCUUCAGAGAUGAGCAGUUCAGAAGAAGUGUCAUGGAUCUCCUGGUUCUGUGGACUGAGGGGGAAUGAGUUUUUCUGUGAAGUGGAUGAAGACUACAUCCAGGACAAGUUUAAUCUGACAGGGCUCAAUGAGCAGGUUCCCCACUACCGCCAGGCCCUUGACAUGAUCCUGGACCUCGAACCAGAUGAGGAGCUGGAGGAUAAUCCCAACCAGAGUGACCUGAUCGAGCAGGCAGCAGAGAUGCUGUACGGCCUCAUCCACGCACGUUACAUCCUCACUAAUCGAGGCAUCGCACAGAUGUUGGAGAAAUAUCAACAGGGAGAUUUUGGCUAUUGCCCCCGAGUCUAUUGUGAGAAUCAGCCUAUGCUUCCUAUCGGUCUGUCAGACAUCCCAGGAGAGGCCAUGGUGAAGCUGUACUGUCCUAAAUGUAUGGACGUCUACACGCCCAAGUCCUCCAGGCACCACCACACAGAUGGAGCCUACUUUGGCACUGGCUUCCCCCACAUGCUCUUCAUGGUUCACCCUGAGUACAGGCCCAAGAGGCCCGCCAAUCAGUUUGUCCCGAGGCUGUAUGGGUUCAAGAUCCACCCCAUGGCCUACCAGCUGCAGCUGCAAGCCGCCUCCAGCUUCAAGAGCCCUGUCAAGGCCAUCCGCUAGAGCAUUCUGGGCAGAGGAGGAGGCGGAGAAAGAUUAGUAGAGAAAGAGAGUGAAGACAGGAGAGAAUUAUCAUCAGAUGGGGAGGGGGUCACCUGCAUUUUACACAGCUUUUCAGGUGCCCCCUCCCCACCCCGAACACUGUAUUAUUUUGGUUUAGACGAGGGCAAAUGAAAAAGAGUCAAGAUUUGAGUGUGAGCGAGGGGAAAACGCACAGCCAUGAUCUAAAUCACAAGUAAACACACACACAAACACAUGCGCUCAUACAGGAAACACAUAGAUGCAUCCACACACGUGGGAUUCCAUGCACGUACCUUACCAAACUCAUCAGUGCCAAAAACAGGAGGGUGAGGUAAGAGGAAGCUGAACAAUACAGGGGCUUCAUGCUACUGCUGCUGUUCACUCUGCUGUCAUAAUCGGUGGGUGACGCUACAGGGAACUUUUCCCCGUAGAGAAGAUUUUAUGUUCAGGGCUGUUUGACGUCAAGCAUUUAGUUUGUUCUGUCUUUGGCACAGUUUGGUAAAGGGUGGUGGUAAACCCCCCCAUCAUUUGAAGCCUCCCAUCCCCAUUAGCCCCCCCUCCCCCUAAAUGCAUGUAUGCUCAGGCUGGCACUCGCAAAGACAGUUUGGACCGAGGGAGUUUUUCUGCAUCACUCGUUUGAAAGAAUUUGGUUGCCGGUUCGUCCAAUGUUUUGUGGUGUUGUUGCACAAAGCAUUUGAUUAAAUUUGCCUUAAGAUUUCAGAAAACGCACCCAGAUUGUUUUUUGUAUUUUAAGAAGGCACAUGCAACGGUAGUUACUUUUGUUCUCCUUUUUCCUGUUAGAAGCGGUAAGGUAGAAAUAGCUUAAACUAACAAUUUUUUUCGAGUCGUUCAGACAAUUGUAAUCAGCCUGCAUCAUUUCUCCAGCUGUCUGUGCGUGUGUCAAACAACUGUCUGUAUUGGUACCGAAGUGAAAAUAUAACCUGUGCUACAUUUUUCUGAGACGUGUCCCCUCCUGCAGCAGCAGGCUUAGCUGCAUUUGUAUUGUCAACCCCCAACCCCCCUAGCUUCAUCCUCCUAAAAUAAAUAGUUGGACAUUUUGGGAAAUACACGUAUAUGCUUUCUGGUGGAGAGAAGAUACCACUCUACAAUAAUGUGAAUGAUCCCGCUAACGGCCGGUUAGCUUCGCUUAAUCAGUAAGGGGGAAAUGGUUAGCCUGGCCAGCGAUAAAUACAUCCUCCUACCAGCACAUUUAAAGCUCACUAAUUGAAAAGGUUAGAUCCUGUUAGGUAAUCUGCAUAAUGCAUUCAUUAUGGCAAACUGCUUUGUCAUAACAUUGCACCGUGAAACUUCAACCCUCUUGCGUAUAUGUUCACUUCGCAGAGGAUUGCUGGCUUUCAUACUGCAAAAUGCAACCAGGUGCAUCAUGGUAUUUUUUUGCCACACAAUCUGUUUUUUCUGGCAUACUAGACAAUAUAGUGGGAUUGGAUCGCACAGCCAGUGUGACUCCAGAAAGUUACUGGUCCCUGCCUGGAAUUGUUUUAAAACCAUAUUUAUGCAUUAAACUAGCAAGGACUUCAUUGUUGAGCUUCAGAGGUGUUGGUAGGCAGAGUUUACUAGCGUUGGGCUGAGCCAGGGUAGCUGCGUCCUCGUUUCCAAGUUAAGCUGGCCUGCUGCUCGUCGUAGCUUUAUGGUUAGCGUACAGAUACGAGCAUGUCUGUCUUUUCAUCAGUCUCCAAAAGUGAAUAUGACCCGAAAUGUUCAACAAUCCCUGUAAAAAAAAAAAAAAAAAAAUGGAGGAGGUAACCUGGUGAAAGGAAUUUAGACAAUCUGAAUCCUUCAGCUCACUCCACCACUGCACUGAUCCCACUGGUGUCUCUCUACAGCACAGUCUCAUUAUUUAUGUUCAGGUUUAGAGACAGACCGACCACCAGCCGCUUACUUUUUGUUUUGUUUCUGAAGCAGUGGGACAGAUACUCAGCUGUCCUUUCCUCACGCCCUCCCCUCUUUGUUUGUGUGACUGGAAUAGAUUGUUUUGGAUUUCAUGAUACAAGAGAAAAGGUAUUUAUGUGUCCAGAUUUUAACUAAUGUUUGUUUGUGUUGUCUUUCUGCUACUGUGGAAGGGUGAGCAGGAUUCAGACUUCUCAAUAAACUUCUAUUUUCUUUUCAUA